CCUGUCCAGCUCCAUCUCCGCCAGACCUCCAGAUCCCCUCCCACGACCUCUCUUGCGCCUCGCCCUCUCUCUUCACUGUUCAGGCUCGAUAUUUUAUUGCCGCCCAUACUCCCGUUAGAAACGCCCUUCUUUCUCCUUCUCCGUCCUCCCGGCUGCAGCCAUGUUCAGAAACAACUACGACAAUGAUUCGGUCACCUUUUCACCGCAGGGUCGGAUAUUCCAGGUGGAAUAUGCACAAGAGGCUGUCAAGCAAGGUUCCGUCGUCGUCGGAAUCGCUAGCAAGACGCAUGCUGUUUUGGUCGGCUUGAAGCGAAAUGCCGAAGAGCUCUCCUCGUACCAGAAGAAGAUCAUCGCCAUCGACUCUCACAUGGGCAUCGCCAUCGCUGGUCUGGCAUCCGAUGCCCGUGUGCUUUCCAACUUUAUGAAGCAGCAGUCCCUGGGAUCAAAGAUGACUUACGGCCGCGCCAUUCCCGUCGAACGUAUCGUUUCGCAAAUCGGCGAUCGCGCUCAGACUAACACCCAGCACUACGGCAAGCGACCCUACGGUGUCGGGCUGCUCGUGGCGGGUGUCGACGACUCUGGCCCGCACCUGUUCGAGUUCCAGCCCUCGGGCAUGACGCACGAGAUGGUUGCAUGCGCAAUUGGUGCCCGUUCACAGAUGGCCCGGACGUACCUGGAGAGACAUCUGGAUGAGUUUGCGGACUGCGGACGGGAGGAGCUCAUCAACCAUGGCCUCAGGGCUCUCAAAGAGACCUUGUCCCAGGACAAGGAGCUGACGCUGGACAACACAAGUGUGGGUGUGGUGGGCAAAGCACCAGAGGGUGCUAAAGCCAAGCUCGAAGCCUUUAAGCUCUACGAUGGCCAAGAUAUCGCGCCGUUGUUGCAGGCGUUGGAAGGCGCAGGAACGGGCGCGGAGGGUGCGACGGAAGAGACGAUGGAAGUGGAUUCAUAAUGCAGCAACGUUUGACAUGUUAUAGAUAUCAAAAUUCCUUGGUCUUGACUCCAGGCUCUAUUAUCAACGGGAAUAUGGAACGGAUAAUGCUUGU